AUGCCAUCACCGGCUGAACCAGAUGUUAUAGAUCAUGAUUCUAUACCUGCUUUCACAAAAUUUUCAGACGAGCACUGGUUCAUUACUUUGAUCGAAAGACAACAAGAAGCAAAAGAGUUGUUUACUAACGAUAUCAUAUUCAUUAGAUGGUGUUUGACACUCUCAUCUUUAUCAGUACAACAUUUUCAACGGGAAAUGUUGAAGCAAUGGCUAUUAAUAAAUGAAACUUCAACUUGUGAUGAACUACUACAAGAUGUUGCCCAAACUAUUCAGGAAAAGCUUAUCGACAUUCUACUGCAUCUAUUAUUCGAAGAAGAGCCUCAUUUAACCAUGAAAGCUGCAAGAUUACUUCAUAUGAUGAAAGUAUCGAUUGUAAUAAAUGUCAAUGAAACUUUACCAGUAAUCGUCUUGCAAUACCGACCACUAUUGCAACUGGCAGGUAUCUACAUUAAUAUCGCAAUGUUACGCCGAAAGUUUAUUCUACCGAAGUUCGUACGAGCAGAACAUAAUGGCCGUAUCUUGUGUCAGAAUGAUACCUUUGACUACGUUAAAAAUCUUUUAUUCUAUCUUCAAAAUGCGGUCUUACAGGGUAGAGAAAAUGUAAGGUUGGCGUCUGUGGUAUGUUUAUCUGAGAUUUUAAAGCAACACAGAUCACAAAUGCUAGAAUUAGGAUUUGGAAAGAAUUUAUGGGAUAAGAUGCUGCAUAAAGUGUGUUUAAGUAUGCUACAAAGUAAAAUUUCUAAUAGCCUGCUUUAUCUAAUUUAUCAGCUAUUGAUGUACAACUUAUUAGGUGAUGAAAUCAUUAUGAGCUACUUGGGCCUUUUAAUUAACAAUUGCUUAUCACCGUAUACGGAAUCUGAAAUCAGCUUCGAAGCGCUAGGGCUAUGCUUUCGCUGCUUAAUGAAGGCAAUAGAUAUCGGCGUCAUUCGCCAUAGCGAAUGUCAACAGGUUUCACUGAAGCUAUCACUGGAUCGUUAUAUUUCUUGGCUUGAUAACCGCCGUAAAGGUUGCGAACUAAACAAUUUAAAUGAUCUGUAUCCUAAUUAA